AAGACAUAGUGCUUAGGGUAGCAGGUUGGCUGUAGGCAUACGGCCGACUGUUAAAAUUAAGCCAAAACCUUGUGCACAUACCUCACGUGAGCGGGAUAAGGCCAGGGAGAAAACGAUGAUUGUUUGGCCUUGUGAGGGAAAAGAUUGAUGACCAAGGGCCUCUAAGUUACAUUUCGAAGUUUCACUGCCAGUUCCACCCAAACAAGAAUAAAACUGCAUACACUUGACACUAGCCCAAUCCGUAAAGGGAGAGCCGUAAAAAGCAUUUGAAUUUAAUCAAAUCUCGAUGAAAAAUUAAUAUAAAACAAUUCUUUAAUUUAAUUACUAUAUUUUGGUUCUGAUUGUAUACAUUCAGUCUUUAACACAAAAGAAACGUUACUUACGUUUCUUUUGUGUUCAGCACUCUAAGCCUAAUCAGCACCUUUUUAAGGACAUAACAGAACCUGUUGCACUUCACCACCAACCUUGCAAUUUACUUUGUACUAUAAUUACGGAUAUAUAAUAUGAUACUUAAUUAAUAAACAUGGAUUAGAUAUAUUAAUAAACAAAACAUUAAACCCGGAAAAAACAAAAGAUUUAUUUUGCUUAACUUUUCCGGGUGUCUAAAUGAGUUUUAAAUACGGUUCAUUAUUAUAAAUUUGUGGAUAGAUAAGAUUUGUGGGAUUCGUUUCAUAUCUUAAUACAAAAGAGUAUAAAACAUGGGUAAGUUUUUAACUCUUAAUUAUUUAUUCGACUACAGUCAUGUCCGGUAGAAUAUUAUUGUUGUUAGUUGUUGGAGUUACUAUGGUGUUCGCAGAAUCACUGCAAUCUGACUACAUUGAUGAACUGUUCAGGAUUGAGAGGUACAGUCAACGAUUUUCAAACGACGUAAAGGAAGAUGCUAAAUUGGACGUCCCCGAACUCAUUAUAAAAUACAAAUAUCCAUUAGAAGUGCAUGAGGUCACAACUCCAGAUGGAUACAUUCUGCAGAUGCACCGAAUUCCUCACGGCCGGGAUAAGAACAAUGUGCCCGGUACAAAGAGACCGGUUGUGUUUUUGAUGCACGGCUUACUUUGUUCUUCGGCUGAUUGGAUUAUUUCGGGCCCUGGCAGUGCCUUUGGUUACAUUCUUGUCGAAGAGGGAUUUGAUGUUUGGAUGGGCAACGCACGUGGAAAUUAUUACUCACGCAAUCAUGUUGAAUUGAAUCCUGAUAAUACCGAUUUUUGGGAUUUUUCUUGGGACGAAAUUGGCAAUAUUGACCUACCAAUAAUGAUAGAUUAUGCUUUAGCAGUAACAGGAAAUGAGAAAAUCCAUUAUGUUGGUCAUUCUCAAGGCUCAACAGCUUUCUUAGUCUUAUGCUCUCUCCGUCCCGAAUACAAUGACAAAAUAAUUUCCAUGCACGCUUUCUCUCCCGUUGCUUUCAUGGCGCACAAUGAAAGUCCUGUAUUAAACGCUAUAGCUCCGUUUGCUAACAGUAUCAAGAUUCUGGCUUCCCUCAUCGGCAUUGGUGAAAUAUUGCCAAACACUUUAUUACUAACAUGGGCCGGACAAAUAUUCUGCAAAGAUCACGCCAUCACUCAGGAAAUCUGUAGCAAUAUUUUGUUUGCUGUCGGGGGAUGGAAUGACGCACAUCUUAACACUACAAUGAUACCGGUCAUAUUUGGCCACACUCCUGCUGGUUCCUCAGUUAAACAGUUUGCUCAUUACGGCCAAAGUAUCGCCUCGAAGGAAUUCCGUCGUUACGACCAUGGCAUUGUAAAGAACAUAAGACUGUACGGCCGUCGAAGUCCGCCUAAAUAUAAUUUGUCUAAUAUUGUUGUACCCAUAUUUUUCUAUUAUUCCGACAACGAUCCCUUAUCUCAAAGUAAAGACGUCUAUCGUUUAUAUGAAGAAUUGGGAAGUGAAAGUAAAGUACUGUUACCCUUGCCGUCUUUCGGACAUUUAGAUUACCUAUGGGGUAUAGACGUUAAACCAUUGUUGUAUGAUACAGUCAUACAAUUGAUGGGGGUCGUAGAAGACCAGUAAUUUUAUAAAUCGACUGAUAUUAAUUUAUAAACUGCUGCAUAAGCUAAGA